AUGUUUAUGAAGUGUAAUGAAACUGUUAGUAAUGAAACUGUUAGUAAUAAAACUGUUUGUAAUGAAACUGUUAGUAAUGAAACUGUUAGUAAUAAAACUGUUAGUAAUGAAUCUUAUAAUGAAACUGUUAGUAAUGAAACUGUUAGUAAUGAAAUUGUUAGUAAUGAAACUGUUAGUAAUAAAACUGUUAGUUAUGAAACUAUUAGUAAUAAAACUGUUUGUAAUGAAACUGUUAGUAAUGAAACUGUUAGUAAUAAAGCUGUUAGUAAUGAAUCUGUUAGUAUGAUGAAACUGUUAGUAAUGAAAUUUAAUGAAACUGUUAGUAAUAAAACUGUUAGUAAUGAAACUGUUAGUAAUGAAACUGUUAGUAAUGAAACUGUUAGUAAUAAAGCUGUUAGUAAUGAAUCUGUUAGUAUGAUGAAACUUAAUGAAACUGUUAGUAAUAAAACUGUUAGUAAUGAAACUGUUAGUAAUGAAACUGUUAGUAAUGAAACUGUUAGUAAUAAAACUGUUAGUAAAGAAACUGUUAGUAAUAAAUAUGUUAAUAUAAUGAAACUGUUUGCAAUUUCACUAACACUGCUAUAA